AUGGAACAUGCCCAUAGGACUGCCCUUACGGAAACCCAGGACGAUCUGAGGAUUGAAAAUCAGAAUUUUUUGGGAGUUGCGAAGGAUAUUUACGUAAGUGAUAUUUGUGUAGAUUUUGUUGUGAAAUCUAGGAAAUGUGUUAUAAAUGGGGAGAGGACAGGGGACGAAACACUGUGGGGGCUGAAGAAAGGAAGAAUGCUAAACACAGAAGUAGUGAGUUUUUUCUUAUUUUCUUUUGUAAAAAGAGUUCAAGUUUUGUUAAAGGAAGACAAAGGGGUAGGUUUUAUGAGUUAUGUAUUGUUUAGUACUGCGUAG